AUUUUCUUAGGCGCUAGAUUUAUUUAUUGCGCUGCGCAGAUUCUGGCUGUAUCUCAUAUUAAGGCUAUGCUUUAUUCGUUCUUACUUUCCGUUAAUAUAUGGACUUACCUCUUCAUUUAUACAUUAAUAUCUGUGCCGAAUUGCUCUUUUAAGUAAAAACCAUAAAGGCCAUUGAAUAUGGAUACAUCGAUGGAAGAUUUGUUUUCAGAUUUCGAUAAGUCUACUGUUUUGGUCGACCCUGAUCUUAAAAAAGAUGAUACAGAUAAGCGAGGAUUAACUGUAUUAACUACUGAGACUUUGGGUAGUGAAACUAUAAAAAUUGAAGGUCUUUAUCAGCCUGCUACACAAAGUUUCGAUUUAACUAUUGAAUUGUAUCGGAAUUCUUUAUCUGCUGGCUGUGUAAAUUUGGAAAUACCAUAUCAUCAUCAUCAUCUGACAUCGAAUACCGGUGGAUCAGACUUGAAAAUUUCAUCGAUUCAUAUAUGUGUUCUGUGUGAUAAGAGCUGUUACAUGAAUAUGCUUAGCUAUUUACAGCAGCAUACUUCUUCAGUAUUUGCCGAUUUCUCCUCUCUGUCGAUAUCAUCAUCAAUAUUCGCUUGUUCAAGACGUUUUUUGAAUAUUCUUUGUGAUAUUACUGAAGAAGAUUCAGAGCUUAGUCCUGAUUUAAUACGAUUGUGUAGUCUUCCAAAUGGAAUGGUUUAUGCUAUUUGGUAUUCACCUGUAACAAAGCAGGUCCACUGUUCAGUCGCAUUUCUCUUCUCUUGUUUUAAGUUAAUUGUAACUUGGGCUUUCAUCCGUAAUCCUGCAAUCACUACAAUGUCACAUACAUCCACUAAUAGUUUUGUGAAUAUACCUUCAUUACAGACUGAAAGUAAUACUGUGAAUGAUCUACUCGUUGGUUUAUCUGAAGAUGGUGAAGGUGUAGGUGUCUGGUUUGAUUCAUCUCAAAGUGGUUGUGAGAAAAAAAUCUUAAACACCGUUGAGUUCAACUUACCCAAGCCACCUGAUCGAAUUGUUAAAUGUCGUGCACAAGGAUCAUGGUUACAUGUCACCACACAAAGUGGACAUUUAAUGUCUAUACAUUUCAGUCUACAAUUACGAACAUCUGAAGAUUUCGAUAGUGUGUUAUUAACAAAAUGGAAUUUAGUUUGUCAACCAGCUAAUUUCCCUCGAUUACCUGUUCAUUUAGCUCCUAUCGAUAGUGUGGAACAAUGGAUAAAAUCAUGUCCAAAAUGGCGUAAUCUUAAGGUUUAUGACUUCACUCGUCUAGCUGAUGGCCAUUUGGGUGGUAUCGAUUCACUGGGAUGUAAAACGCGCUUAAUAGAUCUACUAACUAAAGCGGAAAAUCUUCCUGAAGUUGGCAAUGUAGACAGUGCUGAAACAAAAGAACAGGAAUUAAAUCAAACGUUUAUCAAUUUAGUGAAGACUGAACAUCAGUUGAAGAUAUAUUUAGCAUGUUUGUAUCUAAUGCAUCAUUUGACUAGUGGAGAUCCAGAAACGUGCAAAGCUUCUCGUUCUCUCUUAAACUGCAAUGUCUAUUUGAUACGUUCUACAGAAUUUCAGUCUCAAAACUUAUCACCUUUGGAACUAGUUGUCGACAUUUCAGCCCAGGAUAAAACAACUGAUAACAAUGUUGGAGAUGUCGAUAACUUAUUUAAUGCUGAUUGGAAUAAAUGUAAUCGAGAAAAUUUAGCACGGAUUAUAUUAUUUGAAUCAUCCGACGGCAACCAGAACCGUUUUAUUUCAGAAAGUCUCCAACGUUAUCUGUAUGCAGUUGUUACUGUUGAAAUCGUUAAGCGUGACUGCGAAUUAUCGGCCUCAACAUCUUCAUCAUCAAAUGUGCUAGAAUCAACCAUGGGAGUUGAUGAUGAUACAUUUAACCAUUCCCUUAUAUACACCCAUAAAGAACCAUGGUUUUCGGGGUCAUCAAAUGUAGACAGUUCCAAAAUACGACGUUUUAACCUACCUUCCGACUGGCUGCAAAUAUUUUGCACAUUUACAUCAAGUAGUUCCAUAGCAAAAUCAUUCUUUGCUGGUGACUAUAGUAGUGUUAUUCAAGUGAAUAUUCAGCUGGAAUUCCAACCACCCAUGUUACCGUAUAUCUGUUUCGAACAAUUUAAUCAGAAAAUAUUUCAUAGUCGUGAACAGUUUGACAGUUCACCAAUUCUAGUUACUAUCGGCUGUCGUUUAUUUGAUUGGAUACACAUUCUUUGUGAAAUGAAGACUAGUAGUAUGCUUGAAAGUUCCAUGGAACCGAUGAAGACAUAUCCUGUUAUGCAUUUUAAUACUAAUGAUUCAGUUUUGAAGUCAAUUCUGUCAGAUGCUUUGAAAAUUCCAUCAUCGCAGAAUAAUCAAGAAGACUGUUUGGAAUCAAUCAUCAAAAGUCGAUACUGUCUAUUUUAUAACUGUUUAACAAAGCAGUCUAUUCGACUUCAAUGGUCUCCUUAUCUAGAUAUAAACAAUUUGGGCAAUGAUGUAGAAAAAAUAAGUAGCUGCCAUGGGAAUAGUACCACGUGGUGUUGUACUAUAUCUUCUAAUUGCUCAAUAACCUUAUGGUCCACCUUUAAAGCUAUCGAGCUACGUCAGCAAAUAGCACAAAAGAAUAACUUGACAGAAACUGUAAAACCUAGUGUUGAGCAACUCAGAUUGGAGUGCUGUGUUCUUAAGAAAUUACUAACCUCAUUACACAAUUUACGGUUGGAUACAAACAACAACAAUGUACAAUUGGAUUUAUCUUCGGAGCCUAAUUCUGUGGUCAAUUUCCUUCUUGAUUCCUUUUGUAUCAUUCGAAAGACAGCAUCAUCAUGUUUACUGAACAAUAAUAAAGUGUUUUCGUGAUAAUGCUUUAAUUUUUUUCUUCCAAUAAGCAUAAUUCGUCAAUAGAAAUGAAAAUUUAUUGCUUAUUUGAAAAAAAAUU